AUGAUGCUCUCCGGCGCCUGCCCCGGCACAGUCCUCGCCCAGCUGGGAGUAGGUGUCAAGUCAGGAGUGUACGCCUUCGCCGGUGCCUCCCUUGCCGGUGUAGUUUGGUCAGGGUUCCUGAAGCCACUGCUCACCCAAUGUCCAACACCACCAAAGGCUGGCUCGGCAUCACCAUCACCAAAAGCAACAGUCCACGAGGUUCUGGGGGUCAGCAAGGGGACUUUGUUGCUUGGGUUGGAGGCCAUGUUUGUCGGCAUCGUUAUUGCCGCAGCCAAAUUCACCGAAGUUGGCCCAGAAGCCAAGAUCCCUCCUUAUUAUGGCGGGAUGUUGAUUGCCGGAGCGCAGCUGCUAAGCUUGGUUGUCAGGGGUUGCCUGGUCGGCAUGUCUACUUCGUAUGAGGAAGUCGGCGGGUGGAUGCUUGGUGGAAAGCUGGUGCCGGAGAAGUACAGGAACAUGCUGUUCUCUGCCGGUGUUAUUGUUGGGUCGUAUUUCCUGUCGCACGGUGCCCCCAAGUUUGGCGAGGUGACGGAUGUGGUUGUCAGUCCCUUGAGCGCGGCGGUGGGUGGGUUCUUGAUGAUCUUGGGGUCGAGGAUGGCUGGGGGUUGCACAUCUGGGCAUGGGAUCUCGGGGAUUUCACUGCUGUCGAUGUCGAGUUUUUUGACGGUCGGGGCGACGUUUGCGGCGGGAGGGUUGAUGGGGUUGUUGAUUGGUUGA